AUGCUAAGAGGCCUUUGGAAAGACAAAGAAAUCGUCAAAGAUUGGUGCAGAGCGGAGGGCGUGUAUCUACCCAAAGAACAGAAUGCAAAGGAGAUAGGACAGUUCAGACCUAUUUCAAUCAUCAACGUGACGUGCAAGAUCUUUAUGGGAAUACUUGCAAAGAGGACUGUAGCAUAUUUGCAAAGUAACGGCUAUGUGGAUGAAACGGUACAGAAAGCCGGGGUACCAGGGAUCCCAGGCUGCAUCGAGCAUGCUUUCACCAUUUGGGACACAAUCCAAGAGGCCAAGAAAAACAAGGAAAGUUUAAACGUAGUGUGGUUGGAUCUGGCGAAUGCCUACGGGUCUGUUCCCCAUAAAUUGCUGAUGAAGGCAAUGGAUUUUUUCUACGUCCCACAAGAGGUGCAAAACAUUAUGAGAGAAUACUAUAGUAACUUCCAGAUGCGAUUCUCAACCGCAAAUUUCACAACGGAAUGGCACCGACUAGAGAUUGGGAUUGCAGCUGGCUGCUCUAUAUCGGUCAUCUGGUUCAUCCUGGUAAUGGAGAUGCUACUGAGAUCUGCAGAAUGCUGUGAAGAAGAAGCAAAGGUGAGAUCACCAAAGAAAGCCUUUAUGGAUGAUGUGACCCUACUGACAAGAGAUGGAGACACAAUGCAAAGUGUGUUGAAUCGGCUCGAUAAGCUUAUCACCUGGGCCAGGAUGAAGUUUAAAGCUAAAAAGUCUAGAAGCCUGACUAUUAACAAAGGAAAACAGAAGCAACUGAAGUUCACAAUUGCAGGGGAGCAAAUGCCCACAGUAAAAGAACAACCCGUGAAAAGUUUGGGUCGGUGGUACUCAGGAACUCUGUCUGAUAGGAGUCAAGGCGUGGAAAUCAUGAAGCAGGCUGAAAAUGGGCUGAAAGCAAUUGACCAGACAAAGCUUCCAGGAAAGCACAAGAUAUGGUGUCUACAGUUUGCCCUCUACCCUCGAUUGGCGUGGCCACUGACAAUGUAUGAAGUUGCUUUGUCAAGAGUUGAGAUGAUCGAAAGAAAGUGUAACAGCUACAUCAGGAAGUGGCUGGGGCUACCCCGUACCAUUAACACGUCAUCCCUGUACAGACAUAGAGGUGCGCUUCAACUACCUCUCACGUCAAUUGUGGAGAUCUACAAAGCAGACGGCCUGAUCUUCAGUGACUUCUUCAAACUUUUAGGGGAGGGGGGCAUCAAACUCUACCCCGACCCCAGCCACCUCCACUUUGUGCCCCCUGUUGGUCCGACUCCCACCCCACCACCACCACAGUGCACUGGUCAGUGGUCAGUCCCCUCUCUGUCCACCGACACCCCAGUGCACUGGUCAGUGCCCUCUCUGUCCACCGACACCCCAGUGCACUGGUCAGUGGCCAGUCCCCUCUCUGUCCGCCGACACCCCACCACCAUCCCAGUGCACUGGUCAGUGGUCAGUCCCCUCUCUGUCCGCCGACACCCCGCCAACCACCCACUCAUACAGUGA